AUGCUCAAACAUUUACCGGAAUACUCAAAUGCUGAGAUUAUACGCACGAGAGAUUCAAGUGUUUUGUCAACGUGUGAUAUCGUCGUUGAUGUUGGUGGUGUAUUCGAUGCUGAAAAUCAUUUAUACGACCAUCAUCAAAGAGAAUUCAAUCUUACUUAUAAAGAUUUUCAUCCAAAUUCUGAUUGGGAUAUAAAAUUAAGUAGUGCAGGUUUGAUAUACGUUCAUUUCGGUCGAAAAAUACUAAGUUGUAUACUUGGUAGAGAUGAAAAUACUAUGGAUCCAUUGGUGACGGCACUUUUUGAUAAGAUGUAUAGUUCAUUUAUUGUUGAGAUAGACGCCAUCGACAAUGGUGUUCCAAUGGCAACAACACCUUUAAAAUAUUCUAUGAAUACAUGUUUAAGUAGUCGAGUGAGUCGUAUGAAUCCAGCUUGGAAUCAGUUGGAUGCAGAUGAAACUAUUUGCUUUCAUAAUGCAUUGCAAUUGGUUGAUAAAGAGUUUAUUACAUUAGUUCAUUUCUAUGCUGAUACAUGGUAUCCAGGUUGUGACAUUGUAUUAAAUGCUGUCAAAAAUCGAUAUUCAAUUGAUCCAUCUGGUACAAUAAUAAUUUAUAUUGAAGGUACUGGAUACUCAUGGUGUGCACAUUACUUUGAAAUUGAAAAAUCUUUAUUAUUAAAUAAUAUGAAUGUAAAUGAAAUUGAGAAAAAAAAAUAAUCAA